AUGUCCAGACAAGGCAGCUUCACCAGUCUGCUUGCAGUGCAGAUCUACCGCCUCUGCGGGGGGUUCGCGCUGUACGACGACUGCGACGAGCGCAUCGAGAGCUGCAUCGCCGACCCGCGCCACGUCGACACCUGCGGGCCCUCGUGCGACGGGCCGGGAAUCUGCUGGCCGUUUGCCGAGAUAUGCGGUGGGGAGGAGAAGCUGCCGUGCCCCGAGGGGAAGGGCUGCUUCAAUGAUCUGCUCUGCUUCCCGCUCAGGUUCGGGUCGGAUUACUACGAGAAGAGCAAGCUCGAGGAGGUGCACAGGACGGACCAGGACGGGUGGCAGGAGGAUUCAUGA